GAUUGGUCCACCAGGAAUGGAGUUGCAGCCCACAAAUGGAGACAUAAAAAUUAAGAUUUCUCCUCCAGAAGCAAAUCAGGGCAAAAAAAUGUGGCUAAAUGAUCUAAGCUUUAAAUAUAAUCUCGUUUUCUGGGAAAAUUCAUCAAAUUCUCAGGCCAGAAGUAAAAAUAUUUUUCCCGUCGACACCGUUGAUGAUCUUGCACCAGACACAACUUAUUGUUUUAAGGUUCAAGCAAAUCUUCCCACAGAGGGCAAAGAAGGGCUGUUCAGCCCCGUUCGCUGCGUGAAAACCACCCAGAAAGCAGUGAACGACCUUCUCUGUGCAACAAAUCUGAGAGUGCUUGGUUUGAAUAUGGAAUUUCACCUGCACUGGGAUAAUCAGUAUAAACAACCCGUGAGCUACAACGUCCAGUACCUCAUUGGGUACCUGAAGAGGCUCAACGAGGAUUACUCUGGGAAGUGGGUCAGUGUCCCUGGCUGUGGGAACGUCACUGGCACACGGUGCAACGUCUCCUCUGCCAUCACCACCACCGGCUUCUACUACCUGCGUGUGCAGGCCAGGGGGGGACACAACAGGUCCUGUCUGUCCAGUGAAGUCAAAGUAGAUCCUCUGAAAACAAAUGAAAUUGGCCCUCCUGGGGUGAAGGUGGACAUCAGUGAUACUUUGCUCCACAUCCAGAUUUCUCCUCCGGGAGGGCCUGAGGGUGAAGUCAUGAGGAACAAUUAUAUCCUGUCCUACCGGAUUCUGUACUGGAGGAAUUCAUCAAGUGAUGAGGAGGAGGCCAAAGUGAAGGAGACAAAACAAACGGUAGCGACGAUCCCCGACCUGGCACCCGAGACCUUGUACUGUGUCAAAGCCCAGGCCUUCUCAGAAGCUUACAACAAGAGCAGUGUUUACAGCCAGGAGGAGUGCAUCCAAACCCCUGGAGCAAAAGCUUUCCCUCUGAUCAUUUUAGCCACGUUCAUGGCUGCCCUGUUUGCUGUCCUGCUCGUGGCCCUGCCCCUGGUGUUUGUGCUCUACCAAGCCUACAGCAAGAUCAAGUACGUGUUCUUCCCGUCCUGCCAACCUCCUCUGAACAUCGAGGGGUUUGGAGGACAGCUCUGCACCAGCCCUUAUCUGCCAACUCCAGAAGAACCAGUGGAGAAUUAUUCUAUAAUUGACUCUAUGAUCACAUACGAAGGAAAUCAGAUCGAUUGCAAAGACUACAAACAUUCCAAACAGAGCAGUCGGGACUCAGGGAAUUACUCCAACGAUGACAACACGUCAGGGAGCAAAGGCUCGGCAGAAACUCUGGGAAAGGAAAUAGUAUAACUGAGGAAAAUAAAAUUAGUCUGUGGGGCUGGCACUUUGAUAAAACCUCUUCGUGAUGGGAGUCACAGCCUGAGGAAGACACUGUGACUUCUGGACUCGUUGCCUUUGGGUUUCCAGACGUGCACUUGGUUGGUUGGUUGGAGAUCCCCACGAGCCACGCCAUGGACUCGUCGUUCCUUGCACUGACGUGUCACCACGUGGGGAAACAUCGACCUUCUGCCUGAGGAGGGGCAGAUCUGGACACUCUCUGUACUUGAAGAUGAUGAUCAGCAGAGCCCUCGUGUCCCACAGGAGGGUUUGUCUCUCUCUCUCUCUCUCUCUCUCUCUCUCUCUCUCUCAGAGGGUUGUGCUGGGCCGUCGCCGUCGCUCCCGGCGUUGGCUCUCCCAAUGUUUACACAGGCAGGAGGAAAUCCAUGCUGGAUACAAUCCUAAGGACUUCUUGGACAUUCCCUUCCAGCCCCUCAGGGGCAGUGCUUGUUGGUUCAGCAGGUCCAGAACGAAGGGCCAAGAGACCAAGAGUCGCGUCAGUGAGGGGCUUCUGAGGCUCCGUGUGGAAUUCCCACUUCCUUGUUCAUGUAUCCUGCUCCCCAUUCCUGAAGUGCCCAGGGCCAGGUGGGAUGUUGCUCUGAGCACCCUGGGCUAGUGGAAGGUGUCCCAGCCCAUGGCAGGAGGUGGCACUGGAUGGGCUUUAAGGUCCCUCCCAGCCCAGGCCAGUCUGGGAUUCCAUGAUUCCCCGUGUGCUUCUCCCAUGCACGGUCCCCCGGGCAGGGAUAGGGAUGGGAAGAGUCAGAGAGGAGCUUCCCUGGGCUAUAAUGGGAAAUGUCCUGGCAGAAUCUCUUUGAUGGCUCCAGUUGUUUUGCAUUCAGGAUAAAAGCCCCAGCAAAGGUGCAGGGCCGUGCUGGGCAGGAGCUCCCGGUGUGGGGCUGCAGGUGAGGAGGCACAGGGGGAGGCACAGUCCUGAUUUAUGUAUCCCCCCCCCAUUCCUACAUAACCAAAAGUGCAAAAUAUUUACUGCCAAAUGGAUUUCAUUCAGAAACAAAAAUCUCCUAAAAAGGAUGUAACUUAUUUCUGUGAUCAGAAGGAGCCAAGCUGAAUUUAGAAAAUGCCUUUUAAGGGUGAUGAGGGUGUUUGUCACUCAGAGCUUUUCCAGCUCUGUCUUGUCUUGCCAACAGACUUUUUUGGGUACAAAUGAUCGGGAUGUGCUCCAAUAACAUUUCAAUUUACAUACCACUGUCUGCUGGAGUUGAUUUUUUUAAGUAGCUUAUUUUUUUAUGAAGAAAUUGCUUUGGAUUGAACUGAGUUUGAGCAUCAUGUGGACUUUUGUUUAUUCUGACAAGGAAUUCUUUGUGUUUAUAUAUCUUUUUUUUUUAAUUUUGAAGAUGUUGCCUAACUUUAUAAAUUUAAUGUCCUUGUGUUCAUUGAAGGACAUAAUAAAUUUUGCACAUUUCUUUCUUUA